GUAACGGGGAUGGUGUUUGAUGAGCGAGAAAAUAUGAGUAAACAUUUCACCUCGUUUCUCGUGAAUUCCUCUUCUCCUUCCUCAAACCCUAGAGAGAGAAACAAACCGAAAUUGUUGAGAAAUCAAUUACAUGAUGAACGACCCGUACUGGCCGGACUAUUCGAUAAUGCCGGCGAUAAGGAGAUUAGAGAUGGUCGACGAAGAUGAUGAGUUCGUCGGCGGAGGAUAUGACGGCGGCGGGGAUAUGACGGCGGUGCCAGAGAAUUUGAAGAGUAUUGCGAUGAUCACCAUGAUGAUAAUGCUGAGUGUAAUGUAUUUCGUGUUAAUGAUGAUGAUGGUGAUGACCUUCAUGAGGAAGAUGGUGAUAAUGCUGUUAAUGAAUUUGCUGUUAAUGAUGAUGAUGAUAAUGUUGUUAAUGAAUUUCCUGGUAUGAGGAAGAUGAUGAGUGUAAUGAAUUUCCUGAUGAUGAUAAUUACAAUCCGUGGACUAUGGACCAUGGUGCACAUAGAGCAUGGUGCACCAUGUACACCAAAAGAACACAUGCGCAUAAACAAAAGAACAUGACACUACGACAAAAGAACAUGCAAUAUAAUGUUUUACUUUUUUGUUACAAAAAAUCACAAUUAAUUAAAAAUAAUAAAAAUAUAUAUCCAUGUUCUUUUUACGUAACCAGAUGUUCUUUUAACUAUAUACUAAUGUUCUUAAAGUGCACCAUGCUCUAUGUGCACCAUGGUCCACCCUCUAAAUUGCGUGAUAAUUAUGAUUGUAAUGGCGAUAAUGAGGAUUGUAAUGAGGAUGAGAUUGUUGGGCUAAUUAAUGAGGAUUAUAUUUAUGAGGAGAUGGUUGAACCUUAUCGGACUCCAAAGAAGAAGUUUGUGAAAACAGGUUUUGGGGAUCAAGAAGAAAUUUCUCCUCUAAAGAAAAACAUGCGAUUUACUACAUAUCAAGAAGUGGAUGAAUAUUUCUUUAGCCAUGCAAAGCAAAAGGGAUUUGAAAUUUGCAGAACCGCUAGUAGUUUGAAAAGGGCGUCGAAGGGUAGUGAUAUAAAAGUGAGGUGUCGUGGGACUUGGACUUGUGAGUGCGCUGGACAACCAGCUCCACCAAAGCAAUACAAAGAUCGAAGCAAAUUACCAAAGAAAAUUUAGAGUGCCAUGGCUAAGACACGGAGAUCCAAAAAAGUAGGAUGUCCAAUUGAAAUUUAUGCCAGUGUAGAUGACAAGGGUGAUUGGAUUAUUAGGAGAGUGAUGUUGGACCAUCAGAAUCACCAACCCACACCGAUGAAAUCCAAGGAUGUGCCUGCUUUCAGGAAACGCAAUUUACUGGAUAAAGAGAAAAACUUAGUACGUUUCAUUAAGAAUAACUCUAAGGCGGGUAUCAUUAAUAGUGAUAUAAUAAAAAUCCUGGCCGAGGAUAGGGACAGAGUGGAAAAUCUUCCCUUAAAUUCAAGGGACAUUCAAAAGAGAAUAAGGAAGAGGUGAUGUUGAAUCUAAGUGGUGGUGAUGCCCGAGCAAUGGUUGAUUACUUUAACAAGUUGACAGCUGAUAAUCAGAACUUCUUCCACAUGGAAAGGUACGCGGAACGAGGUGGUCUUCAAGACAUAGUUUGGGUUGAUGCGAGGAGCAGGGCAGCGUUCGAAGAGUUUGGAGAUGUAAUAGUCUUUGAUGCCACGUACUUAACCAAUAAGUACCGUCUUCUGUAUGCAAACUUUUGCGGUGUGAAUCAUCACAUGCAGACGAUACUCUUUGGUUGUGCACUACUUUCUCGCGAGACUGCAGAGACUUACUCGUGGCUGUGUACCACCUGGUUAAACUGCAUAUCAGGCAAAGUUUCUAGUGGGAAAUUAACUAAUCAGGAUCCUGCAAUGAGGAGAGCAUUGAAGGAGACCAUGAAAGAUACAACACAUAGGUGGUGUCUAUGGCAUAUUCUCCAAAAGUUCCCCAAAUACUUGAAUAAGCAUGAGAACUAUGAAGAUUUGAAGGCUGAUCUAGAGAAUGUAAUAUAUGACAGCAGUGAUCCCGUUACUUUUGAAAUGGGUUGGAAUGAUGUUAUUGUUCACUACGCCGUCAAAGAAAAUGCCAAUUACAAAUGGUUGGAAGGUAUAAAUUUCAAA